AUGGCAUGUACAUUGUGGAAUAUUUGUAAAAAUAAUAUUAAUGGACCUUUUAAUUCGGUUUGGUGUGGAUCAGUUCGAUGUGGACACCACUUAAGAGGAAAACCACCAGGGAUAGCAAAAUCCUUAGAAGAAAAACUUUUGGAAAAGAAAAAAAAGGAUCCUGUUUUAUCUUUUCGGGUGGAUAUAGGCUUUCCAAUAGUUUUAUCAUCUCGUUCCAAAAAACUGGAUGAAAGGUUGAAAGUACUAAAAGAACAACGAAAAAAUACUCAAUUAGAAAAGUUGGCUCGAACCAAAUCAUUACUGGUAGAUUUAAACAAAGUAAGACAAGAGUGGUUAACUACCUGUGCUUCCAGUCACAUUAAAGAGAGAGCUGAUCAUUUUGGAAUUUUUGAACAUUUAUAUGGAGAUGCAUAUUUUCAUCCUACUGUUCCAUUAAAUGUUUCAUACACCCAAGGGGAUAUUGAACAUCCAGUUUUCUUUGGCAACACCAUAAAACCAAAAGAUGCUCAAUCCAAACCCGAAAUAAGCUAUGAGAGUGAUAGCAAAACUUUGUGGUCACUAAUAUUAACGAAUCCAGACGGUCAUUUUACCGAACACAAUAAGGAGUAUGUUCAUUGGUUUCUCGGAAAUAUUCCUGGGAAUAAAAUAAGUAGUGGGGAAACUCUAAUUGAUUAUUUACAACCUUUCCCGCCCAAAGGAACAGGAUUCCAUAGACUUGUAUUUGUUUUAUAUAAACAAAAUCAGAAAAUAGAUUUCACUAAUUAUAAAAAGAACGGUAAAUGUUUAAACUUAUCAGAGAGAACAUUUUCUACCUACGAAUUUUAUAAAAAAUUUCAAGAUGAUUUGACUCCAGCUGGUUUGGCUUUCUUUCAAUCAGACUGGGAUUCAUCCUUAAAGGAGUUUUAUCAUAAUAUUUUAGAAAUAAAAGAACCAGUAUUUGAAUAUGAUUUUCCUGAUCCAUACAUAAGAAAGCAAGAAUGGUUUCCAUUAAGAAAACCUUUUAAUUUGUACAUGGAUAAGUAUAGAGACCCUAAAGAAAUUAACAAGGAGUUUCUACAAAGAAAGUUAAAAAAUAGUCACCCAUUUAAAACUCCUCCUCCUCCUGUGCCUUAUCCAAAUGCACAAAAUUUCUCAGGAUACAUUCCUUCCUGGUUAAAAUUAGAAAAGACGAAAUCCAGGCUUGGAUGGGGAAGGAUUAAUGACAUUAAGUAA